AUGACUAAUAUCAGUAAUGCUAAUUACAGACAACUAGAGAACACGAAAGAUAAUUCAGAGAGUAAUGAAAAGAAUGUUGAAGAAUUACUGGCAAAGUUGUACGAUCAACCUUUUCAUCGUAAAAUUCGAGGACGUACCAAAUUUAAUGAAAAUCAUAUAAAAAAUAAUCUCUUGCAUUCACUGAAAGCCUUAGAUUGUACGAUUGAUGAAACGUUAAAUAUAGAACAAAUAAUAGAUUUGGGUCUUGAAAUUUUGGCACAAACUUGGUCACGGAAAGAUGCUGAUUCCGAAAUUGCUUUUCAGGGUUUACUAACAGUACUUGAAUAUUGCCUUCAUCGAUCAACAGCCGGUUAUUCAUCUUUCGAGCAAUUCAUCGAUGCUCUUGGUUAUAAUGCUGCACAGUUUUGGCGAUAUGCGGUACCAUAUAUUUAUGAUUCCGAUUUAACCUGUGGUACCAAAUUUCGUGAUUCAUUACUGUUCAGCUUAACGCUGUACGAUGUUAAUAAUGGAAAAAAUAAACUCAGGGAAUUAUACUCUUCAGUACCAGGUGUUCGUAAAUCCUUACUUGGUGUUCAUGCAAAACAAUUUGGUGAACGAUUCCAUCAUUUGCAACGGCGAUUAAGUAUCAGUCGAGAAGGUUCAUCACAAUCCAGUACAAUUAGUUCUACUGAUUCAAUCUUUUCUCAACAAAGUGAGAAAAGCAGUAGUAGCAUAUCAACAGGCCGUUCACGAAGUAUUUCACCCGAGAAGCCACGAAGAUCACAACGAUCAAUUUCUUCACAUGGUGCAUCGGAGAGGAGUAUAAAUUCACGGGAACUAUCAAAGGAAGUAAUUGCAAGUGGAGGCUUGGCUAGUACUCAUUUUCAGCAACGUGUAAUUAACGUUUCAAAUGCACCACCAGUUAGCUUAAAACGAGAAAAAACAGGCGAAUGGGAAAUUAAGCAAGGUUCUGGUGGCCUAGUUUCAGCAGUAGAUCCUGUAAUGUCAAAAGACAAAGAAAAUGUUUGGCUUGCUAAUCUUGGAAUGAAUUUGCAUAAAAAACCAAAAAGAAGCAGAGAUCAUAAUAUUCAACCAACAACAAAUACCUUAGGAUUACCAUUAUUGAAACAAGCAAAUGCUGAUGUCCUCUUUCAUGUUCUCAGUGAAGGACCAACUAGUAAGGAGCAAGAUACUCAGUAUGUCAGAGAAGAGAUGUCAUUAUUGGGUGUGCUACAUAAUUAUAAUCGUGGUAAUUAUAAAUUAAAUCCUGUAAUUGUACAAGAAGAUGAUUAUAAUGUAUACUAUGGUGGAAUAAGUAACGGUUUAUUAUGGCCUGCGUUGCAUAAUUUGGAUGAAUAUAUUGUCAAAGAAUACGAUGAACCAAAGGUAAUGCGUGAACAUUGGUAUGCAUAUGUUCGAGUAAAUUAUCAAUUUGCUAUCGAUGCCGUUCGAAAUAGCCGACCACAGGAUUUCAUUUGGAUUCAUGAUUAUCAUUUGAUGUUAACCGGAAUGAUUAUGCAAAGUUUGGAUGAAAAUCUCGAAGUAAUCAUUUCUCUAUCUUUUUCGUUUCUAAUUUCAAAUAGCUUUAUUCUAUAA